AGGACCGGGCAGAGGAGCGACUCUGGAGCCGGGCCGGCCGCCUCUCACCUCCCACGGCCCGCUUUGACCCAGACAGCCAAUGAGCUGGCCGUUCCGUCCACCGGUGCCCUCCACAGGCUUCCUGUCAGCAUCACGUCGGUUCUGAGAACAGUUCGUACUCCACAGCCAAAGAGUAAUCCGUUACUCUGCGUUCCUGAAUGACGGGCGGCCGGUUCGACUUUGACGAUGGUGGCACCUUCUGCGGAGGCUGGGAGGACGGCAAAGCCCAUGGCCACGGGGUGUGCACCGGACCCAAGGGCCAGGGCGAGUACUCCGGCUCGUGGUCCAACGGGUUCGAGGUGGUGGGCGUCUACACCUGGCCAAGCGGCAACGUGUACCAGGGCUACUGGGCGCAGGGGAAGCGCCACGGACUCGGCGUAGAAACCAAGGGGAGGUGGAUUUACCGGGGAGAGUGGACCCACGGGCUCAAGGGCCGGUACGGAGUCCGGCAGAGCCUGAACACGCCGGCCAGGUACGAGGGGACCUGGAGUAACGGACUGCAGGACGGAUACGGCGUGGAGACGUACGGAGAUGGAGGUACAUAUCAGGGUCAGUGGACUGGUGGGAUGCGUCAUGGCUACGGCGUACGUCAGAGCGUUCCCUACGGUAUGGCUUCUGUCAUCCGCUCACCUCUCCGGACGUCUCUGGCGUCACUCCGCAGUGAGCAGAGUAACGGCACGGUGCUGCGUGAUAGCCUGUCCGACAGCCCUGCUGGCACACGUGGUGGCUUUGUACUCAACUUCCACUCAGACGGGGAAGGUUCAGAGAAGAAGAAGGGUCUUUUCCGGCGUGGCUCCCUCUUCGGCAGUCUUCAGCGACUGCGCAAAUCAGACUCAAGAUCAUCAAUUUCCAGCAAGCGCAGCUCAGCACACAGCGACACCACCAUGAGCCGCAUCAGCUCAAGUGAUGCCAACUCUACCAUCAGCUUUGGAGACGGCGACCCAGGUGAUGAUUACCUGCCUCUAGAGGACAAUGUGGAUGCCACCACCACUGAGUCAUACAUGGGCGAGUGGAAGAAUGACAAGCGCAGCGGCUUUGGUGUCUCUGAAAGGUCUAACGGCAUGAAAUAUGAAGGUGAGUGGUUGAACAAUAAGCGCCAUGGCUAUGGCUGCACCAUCUUUCCUGAUGGCACCAAAGAAGAAGGCAAGUACAAGAACAAUGUGCUGGCCCGGGGCAUCAGGAAGCAGCUCAUCCCGCUGAGGAACACCAAGACCAAACAGAAAGUCGAUCGUGCCAUCGAGGGAGCAGUAAGAGCAGCAGCGAUUGCCAGAACCAAAGUCGAGAUUGCCAUCUCCAGGACGUCCCAUGCUCGGGCCAAAGCAGAGGCUGCAGACCAGGCUGCCCAGUCGGCUAGUCAGGACUCUGAUAUCGCCAGGGCUGUGGCCAGAGAGCUCUCCCCAAGCUUCCAUCAGCCAGGUCCUGACUACAUACGGCAGAAGUAUAAUGAGCCACUGGAGCUGAAGGAAGUUCCUGUAGAGGAGAAAAAGGAGAAAUCUCCAUCAGGGAGCCCUCAUUUCUACCGCAAAGGCACCACACCCACCCAGUCUCCAUCUCAGAGCCCCAGUUCCAGCCCUACUCCUUCACCCACUGCUCUUAAAAAGAGUUUUUUCAGCAGUAAAACUCCUGCAGCUGUAGCUGCUGCAAAGCCUGCUGGGAAAGAGAACAAAACCAUCACGGCUGAAUCCUUGACAGCAGGCAUAACAAAGGCAGCAUCAAAACUUUCUCUCAGACAGGAUGUGAGGCAGCAGGAAGCUCCUCCAGCAGUAAAACCAGCUGUUCCCACAGCAGUCAGCAGCUACCCCAGCAAUGGACAGAUUCACUCCCAGUACCAUGGUUACUAUGUCAAGGCAGACGAUAAGGCUUCACCACCUGAAGAACCAGCUGGUGUGGAGGACGACCUUUACCCAUCAAGCCUGGCACACUUGCCACCACCUGCCAAACUGAUUCGGGCACCAGCACCAUCCCCGGCGGCUAGUAGCCCGUUACCAGUUCCACCAAAAGAGACCACCAAAGCACCAGAUCCCCAGAAGCCAAAGAAAAUGGAAUCAACCAAACCAAAGAGCCUCCUAGAAACCAAGAAAGCUAGUAUAGAAGUGGCUCCUGAUACUAUAGAGGAAGAGUUGGGCCCUAACUCUAUCUUGGUGGCUCUUGUGAUGCUGUUGAAUGUUGGUCUAGCGAUCAUAUUUGUCCAUUUUCUCACUUGACCAAAUCUGACCUCAGUGGACUCGUCCAAAUUAGUUGCCGGAGCCGCUAACUCUAAAUCCACCAAAGGGGCCUUUUAAAAAGUGGUACCAGACAGAACAGCAGACACGGGCAGAACGGAGGACUGGAAAUAGCCAAGUGGAGGAGGAGGAGGAGGAGGAGGAGGAUUGCAUGGAGGAGCGAGAGGGGGAAAAGGCAGAGAGAGGGAAAGAUGAAACCACCAGCGCCCUGGAUGGACUUAAUGACUGAGUCCAGCCCGAUUGGACUGGCGAUGAUUUGUGACUCCACUCAGAGUGCAGUGAAAGCUAAAGCAGCAGUGGCUGGUUGGAAACGGGCCCCUGAGCUCCAUCUGUGGAUUCUUUAUCAAGGUUAGAAGUAAGAGAUCAGAGGAGGCCCAGAGAGCUGAAACAUGCGAGUGAUUGUGAGGCCUGGCAUCGACAGUGUGCUGCCUGCCUGGAGCUCCAGCUCCGUCCAACUGUCCAGCAUAUUUGGAAGUUUUGAAAUGCUGCAAUAAAAAGUUUGUGCCUUGUCCAGCUGAGUUGAAGCUAAUUUGUUUUGUAACUGAAUUGAGAGAACCUUCACAGUGCUCGUUAGUAAUAUACCUAAAUACCAUCAUCAUGAGACAUCGGCCAUCAGACAGAUCGGUUCUGCUGCAGAGCUACGACAUCAGAGCACAUCGUUAGAUGAUGGUCGACAUACAUGUUACAUACAUACUUGUUACAUACAACCGUACUUUUGAACUGUAGUGCACUUUAAUGAACUGUUUGUCUGUGCUUCUGCAGUUUGUGUGUGUGUGUGUGUGUGUGUGUGUGUGUGUGUGUGUGUGUGUGUGUGCGUGUGUGUGUGUGUGCGCGUGUGCGUGUGUGUGCGUGCGUGCGUGCGUGCGUGCGUGCGUGGUGGACUGGAUAUGUUCAGAGCUGCACUUUGAGCUGACGGACGCCAGCAGCUGCUUUACCCUUUUGCAGAGUGACGUGUGUGGGUGAGAAGGGCCCAAGCAGGAAUGUGAGGCGCUCGCUCGGUUCUCCGUGUGCCAGGUUCUGGGAGAGGGAUUCUAUUUCUAUCAGUCUGUUUAUUGAUCUGCUCAUAUCUGUUUUUAACGGUUUCCUUGAGUCUCACCUGUUUUAUGAAAAUUAAACAAUCAAAACGUUUUACUGAAAAAGCAGCUGAAGUUGCAUUUGGAGAACUUUGCUAGCUACUGUCUGGUUUAGAUAGAUUUCAUUUAGGAACUAAAUUCCUGUUUUAAUGAAUGAAUGAAAGAUGAACUGACAAGUGUCUGCCUCUCCCAGUGCUCAGCAUGAAGUGUGUGUAUAUUCCCACUGUGUGCAUUACUUGAGCUUAAUUUAAAACUACGAUGCUGUUAAAGAACGUCUUGUUUACAAGGAUGAUAGAGAAUGACAGCAGCACAUUACUGUGUACAGACAUUUUUAAUGGACAGAUGAAUCUCAGCCCAGUUGAAGACAUUUCGAUGGCUCCCUGGUUCUGUACAGAACCGGGUUCACUGUCAGAUCCCUCCUGGCUCUCUGCUGUAACACGUUCAGGAGCUUAGCAGCAGGUUGAUGCUGGCUGUUGUAAAGAACAACUGUCUUAAAAUCAGAUGGAGUUAAAUGUAAUUUUCUUAAAUUCCGCCACAUGAGUGUUGCUACGAGUAAGGAGGGUGUGAUGUCUCCUAUCAGCUGUUACUUCCUGUUGACAGGUGCAGCUGAUUCUACGAGCAGAUCAGAAACGUGGAGGCAGCAGCGUGGUUCACACUAAUGCUGGACCUUGUGGUACCGACUGUAGUGCUGCAGAGGCAGCUGUGGCUAAAUGCUAGCAUCUGACAGCAGCUGUUGUAGCAGCUAGCCCAGCGGCUCACAAGAAAACCUGCCAAAACCUUCACGCUGAUGGUGUAUUUGCUCUUGUCCCCCUUCCUUUGGUCCGGCUCUCAUCAUGCAGGCUUGGUAACACGGUGCAGGAAUGACCAUGAGAGCAGAAACGUUCCUGGACUGGGACAGAGGAAACAAGAUGAGCCUCAUCAUGCUAGAAUGAUUGUAGUUGAAAUCCUCAGAACCAUGACAGUGAUCAUAGCUUCCCUGCUGCAGAACGUUAGCAGUGAAGUGUUCGGGCGGUGUAGUAACAUCAGUGAGUCCAUUUCACCCAGACAUGGAGCAGAAGGUGUAGAACGUAGACACACAGCAGACUCAGACUGUGGUGCAGUGGCCGGUGGAGCUUUAAGAAUGAAAAGGUAUCAUCAGGUAGUCCAGCAAGGAGACGCACACAAGAGAAAAUGAGCAGAACUAAACAAUCUAAAUGCAUGACGGUUAACUGCACCGAGGGUAUCUGUUGCUCUGGUGGAGCAGAACUCAGAACUUUUCCAAUCUGUCGUCUGCUUUGGUCUGAACCAGGCCCAUGGAGGCUUGGUAGAGAAGCAGAGUACUGCCCUUUACAAGCCUCAUAAGAACCAAAGCCAAAAGCUUAAAGAUUAAGCCGUAAAGAGAACUCAGACCUUCUUCAACAAGGUGUUAUGUUGCUCUUUAAACACCAUCACACCAACAGCAGGACCACCAUGUACUGGCUUCAUGUGGACUCUGAAGGUGUCUGUAGAUGUACCGACACACACAAACGGCUUCCAUGUACAACAAAAAAUGUACAACUGCUGACUAUUUCAGUCCAUGAAGAAUGUUUCUGUAUUUUUACGUUUAAGAUGCUUUUGUUGAAGGUCCUCAGCUGAUGCUUUUAUUUCGGGCCUUCAGGCUGAGCUGUGUCGUACCGUUCUGAUGUGAAUCUGCUGCACUGUGCUGUUGCUGAUGAGUUGCAGAUGGUAUUCUUAUAUUUUCAAUGAUCAUGCAGCUUCAACAGAGAUUCAUUUGGAGCCUUUGCCACGUUGAACGGUCACCAUAGAAGAAGAUAUGGAAAGUUUGAACUUAAAUUGUUUGUUUUGCUUUUACAACGUAGAAACCUGUGAUCUGGAAUAUGUAUGAAUGUGUUCAUUUAUUAAUGCGAAAACGUGGUUUUUGCAGCUGUAACCAAUCAUUUGUCUGGUGAUGGUCCCAUAGAAGACAGUUUUAACAGCUGAUUACCGGCAUGACAGCAGCUCUGUAGCGAAGGUCUCCUGAAUCUUCUGUGUGUGAGACCACCAGGUCAGAACUCUUAGUCGUGGCUGAUCAACUUUUUAUGAGCUCACAAUAUUUUCCCUUUUUUGCAGGAAACUUUUUGGAAAAUAUUUAUGCACAAGAAUGUGACAGAGCAGAUGUUUGGUUUGUUCUGUAACAUCCUGAACAUGUGUCUGAGUGGAAUCCCGUCAGGUGUACGAGUCCGAGGCCUGCACUGGACGAGCAGCAGCAUUUUGAUGUUACAUCAUCUCUACUUUAAAUUCACGGCUGGAGCAGAGAAACUGUCUCUUUUAAAUGCCGUGUGCCCAAACAUGUGAUUAAGCAGUCAUUUGAUCAGAUCGUCCUCAUUGUCCUCACACACCUGCAGGAAGAAACCCUCUCUGUUCAAUAUCAGCAGUUCUUCAACAGUUUCAGACGUGAUUUAUGUUCUGAACAGCAUUUUACUUUUAUUUCUUUAUUUAUUCAAAUUUCUGGUGGAUGAACGUUAUUUAAAAUAUUUGAAAUGAAUCAUCACGAAUGCGCAUGACGCCGUGGCCACUGUGUCUGUGUUGGGAUGAAGGCGUACAGACGAUUCUUUAACUCUUAAUGGAAGGAAGAAAAAAGUCUUAAAUGUAGUGAACCUGAUUGCUGGAUUUAGUGCAGCGUGUUGUUGUUGUGGUGUGAUGCUGGUGUGUAGUUUAGCAUGCACAUACUGGCUUGUUGUGUUCCGUUAGGUUGGAUGUUGAACUUCUGCAUGUGUGUGUAUGAAGCUGCAUCCGCUGAGAGUCACCGUGAGAGUUUGAACUAAAGUGCAGAAGUAAACAGUGAAAGCUUUUAGUUUUCCAUCAUCACCUGCAGCUCCAUCCCCAGUCAGCCUGGAGGACUGAGCUGACAGUCCAUUCUAGAUCAACAACAUGAUCUAAUGCCCCAUUCCCAUUUAUGUGAUCCCACUGAAGCUCCCUCAGCAGAAACACCACUGAUAUUCCUCUGUUCCUGGCUAGCUGCUGCUGUCCACUGUCUGCUUGGGAAACAGCACAUUCAGCACAACAGAAGGACGCUACUUGCUGUAAUACCAUCAGGAAACCGAGCCGAACUCUGGCCCGAAAGCAAACAGCUCACCAUGUACAGCAUCAAAUAAAAUAUCCUCCUCAGAGCGCACCGUAGCACCAAGGAUGGGCCAGAGGCACAGGAAGUGGGUUUUUGAAGAACAGAACAAAUAUAAAUAGAAUUUAAAGUAAGUGGACUCUGUUAUGUCUUCACUGCACUUGAAACAGCCUGAAACUCUUCAAACCCUCGACUGACAUUUAGUUCUUCAGAGUAACUCGACAAAGACAGUCGGUGGAACAUCACAGAACUGUGGACCCGCCUAUGACACAUAUAUAUCUGUUACAUGGGUGUGUCCAUUAAAUUGUUGGUAGUGAAGGUGAAACCUUCAGCGAAAUGAAACCACAAAUAUCUGACAUGAAGUCUUAGACAUCAUACAACACCGGACACGUGAUAAAUACGCUACGUUAAAUCAGAGUCUGGAAAACAUUGAGGGUUUUUCUCAGCUUCAGGAUUUGAUCAUUUCCAGUAGACGACUUUUCAUCAGCGCCGCUCAGAUGAUCAGGAAGUGACGCUUUAAAGGCUCUUAAAUAGUAAAUAGCCUGUAAGUAAUGCUGUUCGUGGUUUAUGCUUAGAAGGCAUAAUGGUGUGUACAGCUGGAGGCAGUAGAUGAGAUGUCCACAGCUGCACGGAGGGGAAAUCUUAUUUCUAAUGAUUCAGAUCAGCUUCACCUGCACUGUGGCGCCUGUAUGGGAGGGCAGACGGGAACAAUUCUGAGCUGUUGUGUCUCAUGAGGAUGUCAUGGGCCUAUAGAUUAGAUAGAACUUUAUUGAUCCCUUUGGUGGGGUACCUCAGGGACACUGUUGUAAAAACACUACCCGUCAGGGAAUGGAACCCCGGUGGAGAUACUGUCCACUAACGAGGAAGUGAACGGAGUCGACAUGAUGUUAGCAAGCAGAAGGUCUGGUUUCAGAUCUCCAUCAGACCCCCCUGCUCCUCGUUAAACACCAAGUCACAGUUAGAACUCUGAAGAAUGACCACUGUCGACCUCGCAGGCUGCGUUUGUGAUGCUGAUCUGGAGAACAGAGAGGCAGACAGUCUAAAAUACUGUAUAAAGCCAAUAAUGCAGCAGGUCUCCGUCGUUAUCUCAGAGCAUGAAGUGAUGUGCAGCGCUGAGGUGUAUGACUCGAUAGCAUCCAGAACUUCAUCCUGUCCUUGUGCUGAGUGUCUGAACCUUCCCCUGAGAAAGGACACAGAAGUGCUCCUUGUAAAUCAAACGAUGUUCUGCAUGAGCUUCUGUUCCUGUGCUGGAGUGUGUUCAGAUGAAAGCAGAGACCAGACUGAAAUAACGCUUUAUUAAGUUUUUAAAGGAAAGCGCCGUAUAAGUAGUGAAGGGGGCGGGUUCGAGCUGUGAUGUGCAGCUUUUGAGGGAAGUGGGGAAGAGAAGGUGUGAAAGUAUCUGAAAUGUGUUUGUGGCUAAACUUUAAAAUCAAGGCAAGAUCAUUAAUGACUAGUUAGACGGAGUUCCACCUGAGCCUCUCUGUGUAACACCUGUUCUAAUAAUAAUAUGAUGUUUGUGACAAAUGGAGGCCUUGUCUGUGUUUGGAGUGACUCUCAUGUGUAUUCUGUAUUUCUAUUCAUUCGGUCUCAUGUACCAUCAGCAGGACAGUCUGAUGUGACUGAUAUCUGAACGAGUAAUGUAAUGCUCUAGUUCCUCUGUAUAGGACUUUAACUCCACUGUAUGUCCUCUGAGGUUUUGAACACAUUUUCAUGGCCUGACAGUGUUCAUGAGUGUAUAUUGAAUAUUAUAUCAGUUUGACUCUUGCAGGUGAUGAAGCGCCUUCACUGUUUUGUUCUCUUUGUUUUUCUUCCUCAUAUGUUUCAAAGCAGAUAAAUUAAAGUGGGUUCUUGUUUUA